AAGACGGGAAGCGAAGAUGUAAACAAUGCAGGGACUUCCCUGAACUGGAUCAAACGGAACCACAGCCUGUUCUAAGCUGGAUCAGCUGGAUUCUAAUGAGUCGUUCAUGAUCUGGCUCAGCCGGACCAUCUGUUGUUCUGCUGCUGGGAUUCGGUUCGGACGCUGAUCCCCGGAUUUUGUUUUGUUUUGAAACGCGAUGGAAGAUAACAAGAUGGUGGCCGGAAAGGUGAAGAAGCCCGGAAAACGAGGCCGCAAGCCGGCAAAGAUCGACCUGAAGGCCAAACUGGAGCGGAGCCGGCAGAGCGCCAGAGAGUGCCGAGCUCGGAAGAAGCUGCGGUACCAGUACCUGGAAGAGCUGGUUUCUAGUAAGGAGAGAGCCAUCUGCGCCCUGCGGGAGGAGCUGGAGAUGUAUAAACAGUGGUGCUCCGCCAUGGACCAGGGAAAGAUCCCCUCGGAGAUCAAGGCUCUUCUGACCGGAGACGAGCAGAAGAUUCCUCAGAGCGCCAGCAGCACCAAAGCGUCAAAGAACGGGAAGAACAGCAGCGCUCAGAGUUAAACCAUCAGCGGCGCUUGUCCUCCACCUUAAUUACUAAAAGCUUUCCGUGACCUUUCAGCACCUCUGUGACCUGGAUGCAACCCGGAUCCCACCCAGCAGGCCUAUUCCUCCAAACCAUUAGAAAUGUAACGUUCAUCAGAAGAUCCUCCUUUCAUUCUGUCUUCACUGAUCUCAUCUCCUGUUUGUCUGUUGUGGCUGAAAUAUGGCUGAGGUCUGCUAUCUUCCAUCACCUGGUUGUUUCCAGGUCACAUGACCCGCUGACGGCUUCCCGCUGCUCAGAAGAGGAUGUUUUGAUUUUUAUCUUCUCGCUAAAUGUCAGUGUUUCUGUUGUAGCGCGAUAGAUCCGAUGUUUCAGCUGGUUCUGGAUCACAUGGAGCCAUGUUUUAGC